AUGACGACCAACGCAUACACCACAGUUUCGGCCCAAUCUUUCACCGGUCCAUCGGUCGAGGGCCCGAGGACUGUGACGACGCAGCUUAGCGUCUUCGAUCUAAUUCCUCCCAGAGUUUAUAUCAAAUUCAUCAUCUAUCUGCCACUGAAGGCUGAUAUCAGCUUCCAGCAAGCAUUUUCUUACUUGCAAGCUGGGCUUCGUACGACGCUCCAGAGAUUUCCCUUCCUCGACGGGAAAAUUUAUCCCCGCGAUGACCGAAAGUCAGGCUGGAGACCAGGGCAUAUCGUCGUCUCAUAUGAUUCUGCUGGUCAGAGCGAACCCGAAAAGCCUCCUCGACAAUUGCUAUUCAAAGACCUGUCACAGGUCCUGCCGGACUACGAAGACAUCCGCAACGGUGGAUUUGAGUUCUGCGGGUUCGACGACCAACUCGUUCUCGACGCUCCGUUUGUGCCCGAUCUCACAGGCGGCGCGGAUGUGUUCCUGGCUCAAGCGAAUUUCGUCAACGGCGGAUGCAUACUUGCGACCGGGUUCCACCACUCUGCCAGUGACGCCACCGGCAUGGUGACAACAAUGCGCGCCUGGUCAGAGAACUGCAGGCACCUAGACCAACCUCAUGAUAGUGCCAUUUGCAGCUGGCUAGCCCCAGAGAGCUUCGACCGGACUCUACUUGAACGGCUGUGGAGUAAACAUACGGCCAAGUCCACUUCCGAAAUCCCGCGUGACACGUGGAGCUUCCUCGGCUUCCAGCCUCCGGGAGCAGAGGUGGACGUGGAAGAGCACGCGACCCCAUCAUCAGCCCCGGUCCGGAAAAUGGACUCGAGCAUAUUCUACAUCUCUCCGGAGAACUUCAACAACUUGAAGAGGGAUGUUCUGGAUAGCUCUCACGGUGAUAUAGAUUUGUCGGCAAACGAUGCGCUAUUGGCUCUUUUCUGGCGCGCUAUUAUGAAAGCGCGUUAUAACGCCGCAAACGCAACAGGUAUUAGAGCCACAUCGCCAGAAGAGAUUUCCUACCUGGAGUCGCCAGUGGAUGGUCGGCCGGACUUUGACCCGGACCUCCCAUCGUCGUAUGCCGGCAAUCUCGUCAUCGUCAACAAGGUCUCGAUGCCAGUGGCCAUGCUCGCUUCGCCGGAAACCAGCUUGGGCGACGUCGCAAAGCGGAUUCGCUCACAAGCGGCCAAGGUGACCCCAAGCCUUGUCAGGGACGCCUUUACUCUCAUGCGGGAGGUGGCGGACUACACUAAACUGAAGCAUGCAUUUACCCGUCUCGAUGGUUUCGACGUGAUGAUUACGUCGGUGUUGCUGAUGCCGCUGGACGAGAUCGAAUUCGGUGCCGGCGUGUUUGACAACGACGGCAAGCCGGAGUCGCUACGCCCUCUGAUGGACGCCUUCAACGCCAACUUUCGCCUUUGCAUGGUGUUGCCAAUGAAGAGCCAUGGCGGUAUUGAGCUGCUGGUAAGCCUGUUUGCUGAUGAGAUGGAACAGUUGAUGAAGGACGAGGAGUUUGCCAGGUAUGCUGCUUUUUACUGUCACUGA